AUGCUGUCCACCCUACACUGUUUGGGUGUGUGUGCGGUCUUAUUCUUACUGGCCCCGCCCACCGCAUCGUUCUCCGGUGGUGCAAGCCACGCCUCUUGUCAGGAAAUGAUUCCCGGCCACAUCCGUGCUCACUCUCAGGACCCGCAGCACAGACAUGUCACCAUACGCACGUCUGCCUCUUCCUACCUCCCUGGACAGUUUAUAACAGUAAUGGUGCGGAGCUCUCGGGACUUCAUGGGUUUCCUGCUCCAGUCCGGGAGACGGGGACCGGUGCUGGUGGGCGGCUCCUGGAUCCUCACACCUCCUGGCACCCACACUCUGUGCUGCCUCUCGGAGGGUGACACUGUCACACACUCGGACAAACAGCUGAAGAGAAACCUCUCGUUUGUAUGGAGGGCUCCUGAUUCACCAGUGGGAGACAUACGGUUCUACAUCACGGUGGUACAGUCCUACUUUGUUUACUGGGCAGGUAUUGAGUCUGGACUGGUGCGUGACGCGAGUCGUAGGCUCUGGAGUGGGAGUAACACUACCAGAGUGAAUGGAGCUACCUCCUUUCACUCAGGACCCUCUCCAGCUCCCCGUCGCUCUCUGUACAACUUCUUCAUGCCCUCACCUUCCCAGAAACAUACUGAAGAUCACACUGCAUCAUCUGAUCCUGAUCCAAGUAUACACCCACCAACACCAAGAACAGACAUUUAUCCAAACCCCAAACCCCACCCUAACAUUGAGGAAAAUCUUGGCCACGAGUUGAAACCAAAGCUUCCAAAUAGUGAUGCUAAACAUCCCUCCAGUCCUCCUGCAACUCCAGACAAGGAAGGGAAAUAUCCAGACAUACGCAGACACAGUGCCUGGGAGCUGGGCAUGCUGCUGGGCAGCUCAGCUGGUUUGGGUAUGGUACUGGUGGUUGGAAUAAGGUACUUGUACCGCCAGGCUUGUGGAAAACGGACAGCGGUGACCCUGAACGACCGGGAGAGAGAGUAUGGGAGAGGAGAGAUAGGACUGAUCCACGUCCAGGAGUGUGGAGAUUUGGUUAGAGUCCGAAAAAUCAGAGAGAACAGCUUAGUACUUCUGGCAGAGUAUGAUGUACUGUCACCACCUGGAGAGAGAAAUGCAGGCUGCCAACAAAGAUGCUAG